CAUUUAUGUCAGUAGACGUUGUUGUCUCGCUGUUCAGUCCAAUUGAAACCAUUCGCAGGAUUUACGUUCUGAGCGGAUGAGAAAUCCCAGACAACGAUGAUUCUUGAAAUCAUUCUCUUCCUCUUCCUUGUUCUCAUCCUUCGCCAUUGGCUAAAGAGACCCAAGGGAUUGCCAUCAGGUCCUCUUGGGUUUCCGAUUCUCGGCUCCGGGGUGGCUUUUCAGAUGAAGCAAGUAUUGAAUUACCAGAAGAAAUAUGGAGACGUCUUCACGUUAGAAUUCGCAGGAGUGAAAUUUCUCUACAUCUGUGACUACAAACUGAUCAAGGACGCCCUGGGAAGGACCGAGUUCUCGGAUCGACCGAGUUUAGAAGGAUUCCACUUCAUGACCGACGGGAAGGAAGUGUGAUCAUGAACA